GCUCUCUGCCUUACCAGACACUAAGCUGAGAGUUAUUGUUAGUUGUUAUUUGUUUCUAAGGUCUCACAUAACAGGGAUUGUUGCCUUCAGACUGCAAAUGAGUCAAGAACACUGCUGAUAAUAAGAGCGCUGCCUGGAUCCACCCUGUAUUUGUUAUUUUUUAUUUUUUUCACAUUUUAAGUAGUUAUCUUAGUUUUUCCGUGUAACAGCAGGUAACUUUGAGUUUUCUUACACUCAUUACUGCUGGAAUACGAGUCUAUUGUUUUCUGAUAGUUUUGUUGUCCUUCCACAGAGGAUGUUGUUAUAUGUGUGUUUUUUCCUGUAGCUAAUACAGCAGGUUGUGCUCGAGGUUCAGACUAGAUAUGAGAGGAGAAAACUAGGGUAAGAUCUCACAACCUGGACACAUUCUCUAUUUUUUCUACUGAUUUUUUUACUAUUGACUGAGGAGGACGCUGGGUCGGUGGAUAUAUAUUUCCCCCCGGAUGUGACACUUUUAGCCAUGCUUCUGUUACUGCUGCUGCUCUGCGUGCAAACUUCAUUGCAAGAGACUCCUCCUCCUGGUCGAUGUGAUAUCUCACAGAGGAUGGACGUGUACACCUCCUGCACUUCCUGUGCCGCCGCUGUCAGAAGCAGCUGUCCCCACACCUUCAGCAGAGUGGGCACCGCCAACUGCAGUUACGUGGUGCAGAUCGGCGGCACAGAGAUGGAGCUGGAUGGAUGUCAGCACAUCUGUGUGAAGAGGUUCAUGCAGCCACAGUGCUGCCCACAGCACUGGGGGCCGCUGUGUCUCUCCUGUCCCAGCUGGUCAGGGAAGACCUGUAACUUUCACGGAGCCUGUCUGGACGGAGACCUUGGCAACGGGACCUGCGUCUGUGAUGACGGAUUCUCCGGCUUUGCCUGUCAGAAGUGUAAGAAUCAGAACAUGUUUGGAGAAAAGUGUGAUAAAGAGUGUGACUGUGUGCACGGAGUGUGUAAUGAAGGUCCAGAGGGUGAUGGACAGUGUUUGUGUCAACCACCGUACACUGGGAAGCGCUGUGACCAAGUGAGCGCCAGGUGCAGUAACUGCAGCCCCUACUCGUUCUGUAAAGGAGAGGGAGACACGGCCGACUGUGAAUGCUUGCCCGGGUACAGGAAGACGGCACAGGGCAAAUGCGCAAGUAUUUGUUCACCGAGGGACUGUGACGUCAACGCCCAGUGCUCCUCACAGGGGUCAAAGGUCAGCUGCGUCUGUAAGCCCGACUACCAGGGUGACGGCAGGAUCUGUGUACCCAGAAACCCUUGCUCCGACAACAAUGGAGGAUGUCCCAUCAACUCCACCAUCUGUGUCUUUAAAGGACCCAACAAGUCCAGCUGUGAGUGUAUGUCAGGAAUGUCUCCUAUAGGUGGCAGUCCUGAGUUUGGCUGUCAGCUGGUUUCUGCUUGCUCUGCAGACACCUGUGACCCGACAGCUGUCUGUCAGACUGAACUGGACGGACAACCCAGGUGUGUGUGUGAGGCAGGUCAGAUCGGCGAUGGCCGCCGUUGCUAUGGUAACCUGAUGGAGCAGCUUAUUGAGCUUGGCAGGACUGGAAGCCAGAGAGAAAAUCUGACCGAAGCCGUUGCCCUGUUCGAGAAAGGCUGUUUGCUGCUGCUGAGUCACAAUGGACCGUUCACAGCUUUCAUCCCCCUGAUGUCACGACCUCUAACUGGUGUUAAUGAGGAGCUGGUGUGUAAAAACCACCUGAUCCUGGGUCAGCACCUCUACAAGGAUCUGGAGGGACGAGACUUCAACAUGUACGGAGGAGCCAAGAUGAGGAGCAAAGACAACAAGAAGUUCAUCCUGAUGGACAACCCCAGGAAACUAUACACCGUCCUCCAGGAAGACCUGCCAGCAGCCAACGGCAUCAUCCACAUCAUCGACCAGCAAAUCACAAACAUGAUUUCCAUGAGGCCUGCUCAUGACGAACAGUUUUCUGACAAGACGAUCGGAGAGAUUCUGACUAAGAGUGGACAAUAUAACCGCUUCCUGUCUCUGGUCGAUAACUGUGGAGCGCCGCCUCCUCUGAAGGGGCCUGGACCCCUGACCGUGUUCAUCCCCACCAACCAAGCUGUGGACCGAUCCCGAGACGGCAGCAUCCUGUACAUGCUGAACGAUGCCAAAUAUAAACUUCAGGAACUCCUCAGACAUCACGUUUUCUCCCAGGCUGUGCUGACAGUCGACGACUUGGCCAGACUUCCGAGGAUCCUGACGAUGGCCAAUCAGAUCAUCACCAUUACUGUGUCUGAUGGUGGUGAGAUCCUACUGGGGGAGAAGGGUGUCCGUCUGGUCACCACCAACAUUGUGGCGUCCAACGGGAUCAUCCACAUGAUUGACGGGCUGCUGUACCCGCCCUCCAUCCUCCCCAUCCUGCCUCACCGCUGUGACGUCAUUGAAAGCAAGAUCACCGUGGGUCCGUGUGUCCACUGCAGUUACCUCUAUGAGACAGAGUGUCCAGACGGCAGCACUGAAAUGGACAGUCAUCAGACCGGCUGUGAUUACGUCACGUCUCCUCUGAAUCCAACACUUAGUAAAGGCUGUGCCAAAUACUGCAACACCACCAAAAAGGUAGCAGAGUGUUGUGAUGGUUUCUACGGUCCCGACUGUAAACCCUGUAUUGGAGGAUUCCAGCAUCCCUGCUACGACAAAGGACGGUGCUCUGACGGUAUCAACGGCAACGGCUCGUGCAGCUGUCAGUCAGGCUUCAAGGGUGUCGCCUGCCACAUCUGCUCAGAUCCAGCCAAGCAUGGAGACAACUGUGACGAAGAGUGUCGGUGUGUCCACGGUGUGUGUGAUAACCGUCCUGGCAGUGGUGGUGUGUGUCGGAGAGGAUCCUGUUUGGAGGGUUACUCUGGAGAAAGCUGCGACAGGACGGCCACGCCCUGCAACUCUGAUGGACUGCAGGAACACUGUCACAUCCACGCAUACUGCACACACACAGGCCUGCACACUACGUGUGUGUGUAGGGAUGGAUACGAGGGUGACGGCCACUCCUGUUCUCCCAUCAACCCCUGCCUGCAGAGCAACCGAGGAGGCUGCGACACCAACGCAGACUGUGUGUAUGCGGGUCCAGGCAAUGCGUCGUGUGUGUGCGUUGAGGGUUGGACAGGUGACGGCAAAGUGUGUGUGGAGAUCAACAACUGUCAGCUGGAGAGUCGAGGAGGCUGCAGCCUCAAUGCCGACUGUAACCACAAAGGACCCGGGCAGAGUGAGUGUGUCUGUAAAACAGGUUACAUGGGGAACGGGAUCAAGUGUGACCUCGUCAACCCCUGCCGCAACAAGAACGGGGGCUGCCAUGGCAUGGCGCAAUGUGAGCUGAAAGAGGGAGGCACUCACACCUGUACCUGUCCUGACGGCUACGCUGGCGACGGAAUCAUCUGCUAUGGAUCAUUACUGGAUGAGCUGGACAUGAACUCAAAGAUGUUCAGUUUCUACCGACUGACUCAGAAGUACAAUCAUUUCCCUGAGGACCUGAGUGGGAACCUCACCAUGUUGGUUCCGUCCAGAGAAGCUCUGAAGAACAUGAGCGGGGAUCUGGACUUGUUCUGGACCAGCCGACACCACCUGCCUCACUUCCUGCGGGCCCACAUCCUGCCGGGGAUGUACUCUAUAGAAGAUCUGGACAGACUGGUGGGCAGCAGGCUGCCCACCCUCAACCCUCCCACCUCCUGGGAGAUCAACAACAGCAGCGGGAUGAUCCACGUUGGAAACGCCUCCAUACUCGAACACAACAUACCUGCAAUCAAUGGCUACAUUCACAUCAUAGACCAGGUUCUGGCCCCUUCCCGCUCAGAUCUCCCCCCCGAGCCUCCCAAGCUGAUGGCCUUCCUGAACUCCUCCUCCGACUUCACUCUCUUCAGACAGUACGCUCUGAUGUACAACCUGUCACAGGACUUGAGUAUGUUUGAAUUUACCCUCCUGCUGCCGACAGACGACGCCAUCAGGCAGCACCUCAGCAGGACUAACUCCUCCCUCCUGGACUCUGAUGUGUUCAAGUACCACGUGAUUCUCAAUGAGCUGCUCUUUCCUGACCACCUGUCCGAUGGCAUGUUGAGAAGCACUCUGCUGGGCAGCGACCAUCAGGUCCAUUUCCACAUUAACGACAACAACCAGACACUUGUGAACGACGUUCCUCUUGACGGCAGUUUUAUUGAGACGCAAAAUGGUGUCAUCAUAGUCCUCACUCAGGUCCUCAAAGUCCGCCGCAACAGAUGCAGCAAACAGGUCACCCUGCAGGUCAACGGAAGGUGUUCAGACUGUGAUGGGCCACCUCGAUGCCUCCUCAACUACAAACCAAUCAGACCACAGUUUCCAACCAACAUGAGGUCCAACUGUAGAUACAGGAAGCGGGUUGGAUCCCGGAGGAAGUCAGUGCAAGGCUGCAUCAUCAAAUGUCUCCGGGUUACCAUGGAUCACUCAUGUUGCCCUGGUUACUUCGGCCACGAGUGCUUCAAAUGCCCUGGGGAAGUCGGCAGCUGGUGCUCCAAUCACGGGGAGUGUGAGGACGGUAACCAUGGCGACGGGGAGUGCCGUUGCUACGAGGGUUUUCAUGGCACUGCGUGUGAGGACUGUGAGCCGGGACGAUACGGUGUCAACUGCUCCUCCAAGUGUGUUUGUGACCACGGGAAGUGUGAGGACGGUCUGGCAGGAAGCGGCAGGUGUGUGUGUUAUAAAGGUUGGAAAGGAGUGUCCUGUUCUGUAGAGAUCAAGGAUGACGCCUGUGGAGGUGUGUGUGAUGAGAAUGCCAACUGUAUAACAGGGCCAAAGGGAGCAGCUGCUGCUUGUGUGUGUGUGGCUGGAUAUGAAGGCAACGGAACCUACUGCAAAGAGCUGGAUUUGUGCAGCAGGUCUAACGGUGGAUGUUCAGAGUUUGCUGUCUGUAUGAAGGUGUCGGCAGGAGAGAGGACCUGCACCUGCCGGGAGGGGUACACUGGAGACGGAGUCAUCUGCCUGGAGAUGGACGGCUGUUUGGUCAGAAAUGGAGGCUGCCACCAGUCAGCAGACUGCGUCAGAGCAGGCCCCAACAUUACGUCAUGCAGGUGUAAGCUGGGCUUCCAAGGAUCAGGGAGGUUUUGUUAUCCUGUCAACCCCUGCAGAAAUAAUAAUGGCGGCUGCAGUAAGUAUGCUCGCUGUGACUAUAUGGGUCAGGGUCAGAGGAACUGCUCCUGCUUCAGAGGCCAAAUCGGCGAUGGCUUUGAGUGUCGGGGAAACACCAACAAUGAGCUGUUCCGACAGACAGAGAAUGCCUUCUUCCAUCAAAUGCUAUUACUAUCAGAAAUCCGUAAUCUUUAUGGUGAUGGACCUUAUACUGUCUUUGUCCCUGUGGCGGAAACCAACAACCAAUCCACUAUCCUGGAAUGGAGAGAUGCCGGUCAUCUCAAUGAGCUGGUUCGUUACCACGUUGUUUCCUGCGAGACUUUGACCUUGAGUGACCUCAAAACCACUGAGCGCGCUGUCUCACUGUCAGGAAACAUGCUGCACUUCAGCCUGCAGCAGGGUUCAGUCUGGAUCAACAACAGAUCGAGGAUCGUGAAAAGUGAUUACACCACAACGAACGGAGUCAUUCACCAUAUCGACACGUUGCUGACGCCUUACAGGCUGAAGGACAAACCAAGCCUCGAGACUAAGAUGAUGAACUUCACCUCAGCAGCUACGUUUUAUGGCUACAGUCGCUUCUACAAUCUCGUGGAGGAUGCAGGGUUACUGCCUGUGCUCCAGGAGUCGAUCCACCAGCCGUAUACCAUGUUCUGGCCCACAGACCAGGCCUUCAACUCCCUGCCAGCUGAACGACAGCGCUGGCUCUCCAGCCCCGACCACCAAGAAGAACUGGUUGCUACUUUGAAGGCCCACAUCAUACGCAACUAUAGGGUGAUGGGUAUCAGUCAUCCGGAUAAAUACUCGUCAUUCCGCACCAUGCAUGGAUCCACCAUCAAGUACAUCUGUGACAAGACCCUGGUGGGGGCUGUAUUGAUUAAUGAUAAUGCAGCCAGGGUCGUGGAGCGCUACCUGAACUUCAAAGAGGGCGUGGCCUAUGGCAUCGACCAGUUACUGGAGCCACCGGGCCUGGGAGCGCACUGUGACGGCAUCGAGAACAAAACUGUUAACGGGCGCUGUGGGAGCUGCAUCUACCCUCCAUCCUGUCCCCUCAGACACCACGAUACAGGAAAGACGGAGCGCUGUUUAAACUUGCGCCACAGGUAUGCGAUUGGGUACCGACGUUGGUAUCCUGACCUGGACGAUCAUUUCAGCCGAACGGGCUGUAAGAGAAUUUGUCAGUUUCCUGCCUGGCUCCAAAAAUGCUGCACCAACCACUACGGCCGAGACUGUCAAGUUUGUCCAGGUGGUGUUGAGGCCCCUUGUGGCAACCAUGGAUCCUGCGACGAUGGUGUACGUGGUUCAGGAAGAUGUAGGUGUUCCAUGGGCUUCAGAGGAGUUGCCUGUGAACUGUGUAACGCUGGCUACUACGGCCCCAACUGCACAGCCUGUAGCUGUGGGCAGCAGGGAAGGUGUGAUGACGGCAUUGAAGGUUCUGGACAGUGUGUCUGUAAACCAGGCUGGCUGGGUGAUCGCUGCCAAACAGAAAUAGGCUCAAUCCCAGAGGAGUGCCGGCAGUGCCAUGCUCAGGCUGACUGUGUGCCAGGUGCUGGUUGUCAGUGCAAAUCUGGAUUUGAGGGGAACGGCACCUUCUGCAGCCCAGAGCCACCUCCAGACCUCUGCUCUGAGUACAACGGUGGCUGUCACCAGAACGCAGACUGCAACCAGACGGGACUGGUCGUCAACUGCACCUGUCACAGUGAUUACCAAGGAGAUGGUUAUUCCUGCGAGCCCAUCAACAGGUGUGUUGAGGAGCAAAACGGUGGCUGCAGUGACUUUGCCUCCUGCAAGUUCACUGGUCCAAACGAGCGUGAGUGUGAGUGCCUGGCAGGAUACGUGGGUAAUGGAGUCCAAUGUCUGGAGAAGGUGGUGCCCCCUGUCGACCGCUGCCUGGAAGACAACGGAGGCUGUGACCCAGUGGCCUCUUGCAAGGACCUGCAUUAUCAUGCCAACACAGCUGGAGUGUUCCACCUGCGCUCUCCAGAGGGGAAGUACAAGAUGAACUUCAGUGAGGCCGACGCUGGCUGCCAGGCUGAGGGCGCCACGCUGGCCAACUUUAAACAGAUGGGAGAUGCACAGCAGAUGGGGAUGCAUCUGUGCGUUGCUGGCUGGAUGGAGGGGGGUAAGGUGGGAUACCCAACACGCUUCCCCUCAGUCAAGUGUGGAGACAACCACGUGGGUCUGGUUAUCUACAAAGACCCUGUGGACCAGAGCAGCAAGUACGACGCCUACUGCUACAGAGUCAAAGAUGUUAAGUGUACCUGUCCUGCUGGUUACGUUGGAAGCGGAGACUUCUGUAACGGCGUCCUGACCAGCGUCCUCGCAACCUACAGUAACUUCUCCACCUUUUACAAGUUGCUGUUGGAUUACAGCGGCUCAACCUCAGGUGGCAAACAGCUCGUUGAAUUUCUUUCUCACAGGAAGUCUGAGGUGACGCUCUUUGUUCCUCAUAAUGCCGGCUUUGCACCAAAUCAGACUCUGUCUGGUAGAGAUCUUGAGUAUCACAUCUCAGCCAAUAACAGCGUGCGACCAUUCAUGGAUCUGAGACAUGAAGAAGUCAUCACAUCGUGGCUCGGGUUCAACCUGACGGUUACCCAUGGCAACAAUGAGAGCUAUAAACUGGUGAACAAACGGCUGCUGUUGGAGUGGGACAUUCCCGCUGUAAACGGGAUCAUCCAUGUUAUCGAGGCCCCGCUGACGGCGCCCCCGCCACUGAUUUCCCAUGAUGCCUCCCGACGGCACGCCCACUCCAGCGGAACAGCCGCGGCCAUCUUGGUGUCGCUGUUGCUGGUGUGUUUGUUGGCUGCACUCGGCUACUACGUCUUCAAACACAAGACCGAUGCUUUCCGCUUCCACUACUUCAGAAAUGAGGAUGAGGAUGGUACAGCAGGCGGCAGGACCAAACCCGCACUGGUCUCAAUCCCCAACCCUCUGUACAGCGGCUCCAGGGCCUUCACGGAGCCAUUUGGGGACACCACUCAGGGGGUGGAGCCGGCAGAACCUGAAGAACCUCCAAAGAUCCUGGACUUGGACCAGUAAAACCAGCUGAACCAGUGAAACUGGAGCUGUCUGUUUACAAACCACAAUAACCUGCUGGCUGCAUGGUUCAGCUUUUUGCAGUUCAUUUAUAUCCAAAUAACAAAUAAAAGUUGUCGGUUUACUUAACCCAGAUGUUCUCGGGAAGGAAAGCCAAAUCAAUAUUUUUUAUUAUCAAUCAAUCAAAUGAUUCCUGUUUAAUAUAGAAGUGUCUCUGGUAGCUGUAAACCGACCAACUGAUUUUUUUAGGCUCUUUUAGCUCCAAGUUUUGGUUUUAUGGCACAUGUUUGUCUCAGCAGCAGCAGGCAGCUGUUUACAGAGAAAAAAACUUUCAGCAGCUGAACCUGAUAUUUCCCUCAGGAGUUGGUGGAGAUCAAAAACAGUGAAAGGGAAUGAACAUUGUAUUUAAAUUUACCAGGUGGACACAAACACGACUCCAGUGGGACGAUCAUAACCUGAGUUCACUGGAUAUGAAAGAAGGCAGCUGUUUGCUAAUAAGUUAGCCACGGCUACUUUAUGCUUUUAUUGUUAAAUAAAUAAUUCAUUCAUUUGUUAGACUCUUCUAUGAUGAGACAAACAGCUUGGCUUAUAAUUAGCUUAUGGCUUAUGUGUCACCAAACACAUUAUCAGCCCGUUGAAGUUGUUUUUGUUUGCACUCGAGUCCAUCGUGCAGAGUGACAGAACGAUGUAAACAGAUGACAGUGUAAGUGCAGUUGGUUGUUAAAGGAAGUGCUUCAGCAGCGCUCCUCAGUCAGUCACUGUAUCAAACCCCCCGCCCCAUUUUAGAUAAUUGGUUUUGAUGGACCCGACCUGUCCCAGGACAGAAGUAAAUCUGUUUGAAUUAGAGGGGGGCCCGACCCAUCUGUGAGAGCAAAUAAACAUGAGCUCGCUUAUUAGUCUGGUUUCCAUGGAAGUAGAGAGUUGAUUAUUAAUUCAAAGACAAUGCCUGAUAUUAAAGCUUUAUUCCUCUGUGCCUUGGAGCUCCACCACUGUCAAAAACACAUCGGUGAGCUAAACUGCUGCACUGGAUGACAUGUGCCUUCCUGCCCAUGAACACACACGCUAGUUUAUUUUGACCCAUUCCUACCUACACCAUCCUGCUGUUGGAAAUGCCCACCGCAGGAACAAAUGUGGAUUAAUCCGCCAUUGAAAAUAGUCCCCAACAACUGUGCUAUUCCCAUCUGUA